GGUCGCCGCUGGUUGGCUGGCCGCCCCGUUUGCUGAGCUGCAGCUGCAGCCCGCCGCCCCAACCUGGAGCAGCAGCAUCGCCAACUUUCCUUCGUCAUCCCUCAUCCCUUGCGCUGCGGGCCAGCUAUCCUCUCGCCCAACCCACCCGGCCUUUUCCUCCUUGUCUUGCCAGCCUGCGCGUGCAUCUGAUUGCAUUGCAUAGCCUGCCACCUGCUUCUUCGUAACCAUAUACUGCCCGCUCGCUGCAGCUUCCCUGCCUUGGAAUUCCAGCACCACCAGUCCUCCGCGACAACUUCCCAGUCCUGCUCUUCGUCCACACAGCCACCUUAUCCGCCUCGGCAGCACUAGAAUGUCCGACCUCCACGUUUCCAACAUCAAGCGGUGGCUAUUCAAGUCACCGCCCGUCGAGUGGGCCAUCUGGACCGCUCGUGAGAUCCUCAUCGGCACCCUGCGUCAGGGUCCCAUCCCGCAACAUGUCGCUUUCGAAAUGGAUGGCAACCGCCGGUACGCCAAGAACCACCAGAUCGAGACCAUCCAAGGCCACCACCUUGGCUUUGAGGCCCUGUCGCGGGUGCUGGAGAUUUGCUACAAGUCGGGAGUCAAGGUUGUCACCGUCUACGCGUUCAGCAUCGAGAACUUCAACAGACCCAAGUCCGAGGUCAAGGGCCUGAUGGCCAUGGCCAAGGUCAAGCUUGAGCAGCUCGUCCAGCAUGGCGAGCUUCUCGAUCGCUAUGGCGCCAGGGUCAAGAUCUGCGGCGAGCGCAACUUGAUACCUGCGGAUGUGCUGCCCUUUGUCGACAAGGCCGUCGAGAUGACCAAGCACAAUAAGGAUGCUGUCCUCAACAUUUGCUUCCCAUAUACUGCUCGAGCCGAGAUGACCAGCGCCAUCAAGGCCACCAUCGACGAGUUUACCUCGCCAGCACCUCUGCCGCAGCCCUCCGCACCCUUUUCCCAGUCCCGCAUCGAGCAGAAGAUCCGCGACAACCAAGCCAAGUCUGGCACCGGCGCGCCACAAAGAGAUGCCUCGCCGGAGGCAGUCAAGUCUGACGUUGACGAUUCAGGCCGCUCCUCGACUGCCAUCGACCCUGACUCUCCCACACUACAAGCCACGGGCAGAGCCAGCCUCCAGAAUCCCGAAAACAUCACCGCCGAGACAAUCAAUAGCCACACAUACACUGCGGAAGACCCUCCGUUGGACAUCUUUAUCCGGACCAGCGGCGUUAGGAGAUUGAGUGACUUCAUGCUGUGGCAGUGCCACGAGAACACGCACAUCUUCUUCCUGCAGUGCUACUGGCCAGAUUUCGAUCUGUGGAACUUUGUUCCCGUACUCCUGGAGUGGCAGUGGCGCCAGAAGAAGACAAUGGAGAAGGAAGGAGUCCGGAGGAGAGUGAAGGAGCGUGCAGAGUAGGGGCGGUGGUGGUGAUCGAUGUUUAUACCCAAGCCAGACUUUGUCUUCAUAAUUUUUCCUUGAUAGAACCAGUCAAUUGUAUGCGUGUAGAUGAGAGGACACUCCUCACGAGCAGCAUCCCAUGGUCCGCGAUGGAGAUGGUGCUCUGGUUAUCUUAUCGUAACUGUGCGAACGCCCCCCGUGAGCAGAUGAGCAGUGGGCGGUGGCCUGGUUGGU